CACUGCUGCAGCGACGAGUGGGUGGCGCGUUGGAUGUUAUCAUGUGCUGCGGCGUGCGUGAUCUGUGUUUCUAGAUUGACCUCAUGGCUUGCCAAUGGCGAUAACGGAGGACUUUCUAGGCGUAUUCCGACCCACCAUACAAGAGCUAAGGUUGCCAACAGCAAGCAAUAAUGCUCACCGAUCCACCGUACUGGUCACUGCUGUCUGUUAGCUGCGCUCCCUUAUCUGCACACAACCAUCAGCUGUCAAGCACCUUGCCUUUUUUUCUCCUGAACCGUCCCCUCCAUGACACCCACCAGCCAGGGACAGCAAUAAGAGCCAGGGGGAAUGCACCCAAUCAGCCGCAAGUGGCAUGUAGAUUACCGCCUUACCCGGCUGGAUCACUCGCUCUAGGAAACGCUUUGCGCCGCGCUGCUGCCCGAACGGCACGUUCUGGGCUUCCGUGGUCAGAUUCAGUCAACGAUUCCGAGAUGGCUUUUCGUCCGCUCGUCGUCAGCCCGUUCAGCAUAAGGAUUCGCGCCAUGGCGGCUAUCUGCGCUGUCCCUGCUUAUUCACGUCGACUCAAAAGUCAACUCGCUGUUGCACAUUCAUGCAUCGCGGUCCGAAUCCGGAGAAGAAAACGAGGCGAGGCGAUAGGGUGUCACGCUAGCUCACUCCACCCGGGGUGCUGUGGUGCUAGUAGCGGGCCGCUAUGGCUUCAACGCACGCCGAUGGCUACAGUAGCCCGUUUUCGAGCACGCCGCCACGCACAGUCUCAUUGCCAGGCACCUCGGCGCCUUGUUUUCUUCUCGUUUGAGCCGCGACGGUACCACUAGCAGCGGACCAGCUAUAAGCACAGGCUCGCGCACGACACAGCUACUAUUACUGUCGCUCGCAGGCACGGUCAGGCUCGAAUUGCCGCAUUCCGACUUCCAUCAUCCGCGCACCGAUCCUCGCCUCGCCAGAGCAAUUCUCCCCACCGCACACCCCGCCACAGCACGCAUUGCACCAUCGAUCCCCGCCUCUGGACUUUGGCGAGCGUCCAGCGAGCGACGAUCAGCGGCUCUGCUUCUGAGUCGAGUCUAACGGAAAACCAGCUGCAGCCUCCGCUCGCCGAUUCGCGUCUCGCCCCCCCGCUGAGAUUCGAAGGAUCCGAGAGCUUCAGGCGGGCAACGAGCAACGAGCAACGAGCAACGAGCAACGAUCAUCCGCUCUGACCACGUAAUCCGGUAACCACGCCUCCAGCAGCCACGCCUCCAGCAGCCUCGACUCCAGCAGCCACGUCACCAGCAGCCACGUCCAAUCUAUGGCCGACCCCUCCCCGUCGUCCACACCCAAUGGUCGUCGCCGCAACGACCGCAGGCCCACUGGGAUCACUGCCGCCAGCGUCCGCGCAUGGUGCGCGCGGCGGUACCGCGGAAUCCUUCCGCCCGCGGAGGAAAUUGCGGGGGGAACUGCCGGGCCCAGCGCUUCCGCCGUCUCCGCGGAGGUCGACACCGAGCGCAGUCCCCGCGCGACUCGCUGCAGUCGCGAUUAUCACUCGGGGGGAGCGAGAGCGACUAGAUCUCCGCGCGCGCCCCUCGUCAACGGAAUCGAUGCGGGUAUUUCGAGUCAUCGGCCCGUUGACUCGGGGAGUCAAACCGUAGAGGCGUCUACAAUGUCGCCGGCGGUUCUUCCCUCAACCCUCACUCGCCGAGUGACGAUCACCGGAGAACCGUUAGCCGCGGGUGGCGCAUCUGCGCCGCCAGUGGGUGGUGGUCCCGCAACUCCGCUGGGCGCUGGCGCAAUCGCGCCGUCCCCGCGGCUCUCCGUUUGCCCGUCCGACCGGUCGAGCGCGUGGGGGACGCCAGGCGGAAGCAGCACGAGUGAGUAUAGCGAGGGGACGGACGAGGAGGACGAGAUGUGGGACGACAGCGACUGGAUGUCCGCGGACGAAGGGGUGGAGAGCGGCAGAAAGUGGUGGAGAUUCGAGGGGUGGGGGACGAAGAACGGCGGGAUGAAGAACGGAGAAAACGAUGUCCGGACGGCUGACACGUGGCGAGAUCCGAUAAGUUUUUUUCGAAAGAGAGGGCAAGGAAGCGGAGCGGAGGGCAGGCGCGCAGGCAGCGCGGAGCAGCAGGUGGGGAGAAUCGAGGUGGUGAUUGGCGGCGGGGUGGAUGACAGAAACGAGCGUGCUCUUAUCAAAGGCGAAAGGGACGAGAGUUCGCGAAAUAAGAAGCACGCAAAACGUGGGAUGUACAGCAGAAGGGGCAGAGGAGGGAGAAAGCGAAGUUUGGCGGACGACGACGAAGGGAGGGACCGCGGCCUGCUGUGGAAGCUUCUGAGCAAGUGCAGCGUGGAGAAGUGCCUCGAGCUGAGCCGGUUCAACCGGUGCCUGUGUCUGCUGGCGUGGGGCAUUGUGACUAUAGCGGUGGCGUUUGGCGUGUUCUGGGCGACCUACCAGGGCUUCCAGGCGGACAGGCAGAGGCAGCUGGAGGUGGAGUGCGACAAGUGGACGGGGCUGCUGGAAACGCACUUCUGGAAAGCCACCAACCAGAUCCGUGUGCUAAGUACAGUCGUCUCCACCUUCUUCGGAGUUCCCAAUGGCACGCUAAACCAGAGCACGUUCGUCUCGUUCCUCACCGCCACCAGCUACACACGCCCGCUGCUCUUCGCCCUCUCCUUUGCUCUGCGCGUGCCGCUCUCCCAGCGACCGGCCUUCGAGCGCUGGCAGCGGCACCAAGGGAACAGCAGCUACUGCAUCAGGCACGGGCGGCACUGUGCCGCCGGAAGCCAAGCAGAGUACGCACCAAUUGUCUUCACCUCGGCCUCCGCCACCGUGAUUGGCCAGGACUUGCUGCGCCAGUCGGCCCCCAGUGUUGACCUGCCGUUGACCAGCGUUGACUCAGCUUACCUGCCGGUUGACCAAGAGGCCUUUGAAGAAUCCGCUGCUUGGAUCAACCACCCCGCAGUAGCAGCCGCAGUGGCCGAGGCGAGGGAUCUCGGGGUGAUUGGGGCGCUCACGCCACCCCUCGGACUCAACCUCUCCCUCCCCAACGGCACGAGGGCCAUCUCCCACGGCCUCUUUAUAGUCAUCCCCGUUUACCGCACCAUCGAUCCGCUCCCCGAGGGCUUGCCCUCUAGCGAGUACCAGGCGGCGUGCCUCGGCUACAUGACAGCUGUCAUGGACUUCGCGCCGCUGUGGGAGUCGAUGCUGACGGAGUACUUUGGCUCGCUGCCCAUGUUUUCACGCAUCUAUGACGUCACGGGCAGCAGCGGGCGCAAAGGACAAAGGGACGGGGCGGUCCUCUACGAGCCCAGCGGGCGGCAGCUGCCGUCCGGCCAGGCGGACUCGUACGCACAUGUGAACGUGGUGAAUCUGGGGGACAAGUACCGCGAAUAUGAGAUGCGAUGCAGGUACAUCAACCCCUACACCUUCCCUCUCUCCAGUCUAGGCUGGGCCAUCCUCGUUAUAGCGAUAAUGGGUCUGGCGGCGAACUUGUACUGGGCGGCGUGCGAGCACGUGCAGCAGCUGGAGCGCGACUACCACCGCAUGGAGGCGGUGAAGAACCGGAUGAAGGCAGCCAAGCGCGUGGCGGAGAAGGCCAGCAAGGCCAAGGGCACGUUCCUCACCACCAUGAGCCACGAGCUCAGGACGCCGCUCAAUGGCGUCAUAGGUAUGCUGAAUCUGCUGCUGGAGACGCCGCUCACCAUAACGCAGUUGGACUAUGUGGAGACCGCCAGGACGAGCGGGCGGGCGCUGCUGGAGCUGAUUAACGACAUCCUCGACCUUUCCAAGAUAGAGGCGCACAGGAUGCAGCUGGAGCAGGUGCCCAUGGACGUGCGCUGUGAGCUGGACACUGUUCUCACCAUGUUUGUCGAACGCUUCCGAGUAAAGCCCCUGCUGGAGGUGGCUGUGUACGUCGACCCGCUCGUGCCUGCCUCUGUGCUUGGCGAUUCGCUGCGCUUCCGCCAGGUGCUGAUCAACCUGCUGUCGAACGCGUGCAAGUUCACCGAACGUGGACACAUCUUCAUCGCCAUCCGCACCGCUGACCUCCAUGAGGACCUCCGCAGAGACGCCGCCCGCCGCCGAUCCAAGCGCCGGCUGCAACUUCUGCAGCAACAGGAAGGACAGCAGCAAUUACAGCACGGCGGACAGCAGGAGAAAGCGGGGGAGGAGACGGGGCCUCAUGUGCGGAAUCAAGAGAGGCAGCAAGAGCUGGUGCUGGUGGCAUUCCUCUCAGACGCACCAGAAGCCGCACGGAAAAUCACCAGCCCGACUUCUUUGCAUGCCUUGCAGCAGGCUGAGUGCCCCAGAUGGCGGCCGUUGGACCUUUUCCAGUUCCUUGGGCCGCGAACAGGGCAGGGUGGGCAGGAUUUUCGACGGGGGGGGAGGAUGAGCAGUGCGCGGGUGUUCAACUCGUGUGCAUGCCUUCUUGGACCUAGAGAACCUUGCAAAGGUGAUGGGGAUGAUGAUGCUGAUGGUGAUGGUGAUGGUGGUGCUGGGGGUGGUGAUGCUGGUGGUGGUGAUGGUGUUGCUGCUGCUGGGGUUGGUGGUGAUGGUGGUGAUUGUUGUGGGGAGGAGGCGGAAGGGAGGGCGAGGAUGGCUAAUCCGUGCUUCCCUGUAUGCACCACUACGACUGCUACAACGGCACCAUUUCGCCCUGAAAGACUUCUCUCCCGCUGUAAACCCGUGCAUGCACCCCAUUUGGUCCCGCCCCCUCCUCCUCCCACGUCUCCCCUUCCUGCUGAUUCUCCUCAGCCUCCUCUUGCUCCUCCUCCCCCUCCUCCUCCUCUCUCUGCUACUGGUGCUGGUGCUGGUGCCGGUGCUGGUGCUGGUGCUGGUGCUGGUGCUGGUGCUGGUGCUGGUGCUGGUGCUGGUGCUGGUGCUAUUGGUGGUGCUGAAUCUGCCACCGCUUUUGUUGGCACCAGUAAUGGUCAGCAGCAGCAGCAGCAGCAGCAGCAGCAGAUGACACUGAGCGGGCUGCCAGCAGUGAGCAGCUGCAACAGCUGGCACGUGCUGGCGGCCAGGAGGGUUGCUUGGAUGAGGCAGGGGCGACAGCAGGGGCGAGAGCACAGGGCGGAGGUGGAGAGAACGGGAGGCAAGGAGGGGGAUGAGGAGGUGCGCUCUUGUCAACUGCAGGCGAGCAGCCAAGCAGCACUGGGAGUACCACCAGCAGCACCAGAGGCACCACCAGCGGCGCUGGCGGUGACAGCAAGUGCAGCAGCUUCUGCAGAAUCAUCAGGCGAAGCACCCAAGACUGUUCGACUUGUCGUCUCAGUUGAGGACACGGGGGACGGCAUCCCCUACCCCGCCCAGCGCACCAUCCUGAAGCCCUUCAUGCAGGCGGACGCCAGCACGACGCGCACGCACGGCGGCACGGGCAUCGGCCUCUCCAUUUCGCGCCACCUCGUCGACCUCAUGGGCGGCCGCCUCUCCUUUGCCUCACGCCCGGGCCUGGGAACCACCUUCUUCUUCGACCUCCUGCUGCCCUGCGACCACCCUGACCCGCAGCCGGUGCCUCUCGUGCAGCCGAUGCUGGAGCACCAUUCUGUUUCUGCAAAGGUUUCCGAAGGUGGAGGUGGUGCCGUGGUUGGGGGGGAAGGUGGUGUCUCUGGUGUGAGUGGGGCGCUGACCGGUGGUGGGCCGCUCUUCCCUCCGUUUGUGCAUGGGGAGGGGGACUUGGCAGCGAGCCUAAACGAGCUCAAGGACGCUCUGGCUCGGGCGAGGCUUGGGGCGGUUCUGCUGGACGACCGGCCGGUGAGGCUCGGGGUGUUGGAGAGCCUGCUGAACAGGCUUGGUGUGCCGGUCCUCAACUCUGCGUUCCGAACCGACUGGUCCGGGAAGGCUGACCAGGUGCAGGGGGCUUCAGUGGUGGAAGAAGGGGCAGGAGUGGUGGAAAGGGCAAGAGUGGUGGAAGGGUCGUCCUUUUCGAAUCCUGUGGUGGUGUUUGUGGAUGAAGAGUGGCUUCACAGACAGCAGCAGCAGCAGAGGCAGGAGGGGGGGCAGCACUGGCAACAGCAGCAGCAGCAGAGGCUGAGUGUGGUUCAGGGGGACGAGGACGGGGAGACACAUGUGCGUGGCGAGAUGGGCUGUGCUCCUGCGCCGUUGCUGUGGCAGGCAAAGGCAUGGGAGGCAGUGGCAGCUGCGGGGUUGGGGGUGGCAGGAGUGGGGGCAGCAGGAGAAGCAGCAGGGGAAGUAGCAGGGAGGAGCAAAAGAUACUCCCUCGACUCGUGGCUGUUGGGCAGACUCGAUGCCUCUCUCCCUGCUGCUGCCACCCCUGCUGCUUCUCCAGGCGAUAGUGCUGCUGGCAACUCCCAUUAUAACAUCAACAGCUACAGUGGCGGCGCUCCUCCCUGGGCGGCAGCAGUGCUGCUGUCGGGCCGGCACGACUCGGCCUGUUGUGCGGAGGCCAGGGCGCUGGGCUUCCAGGCGUGCCUGCAGGGGGAAAAGUGUCUGCUGGGAGCGGCUGAGUGCGAGUGACUCAGGUGGGUCGGAGCACAGGCAGUGCGUUCCUGUGAACUCUCCUGCGAAUUCCUCUGAGCAUUCCCCUGGAAAUUCUCCUGGAAGGGAGAGACGCCCCCAGCAGCAGGCUUCAGCAUGGCAAGGAGGAUUGGGGGUGGGGGUAGGAAACGAGGGCGGUUUCGUGGGGACAGCGGGAGAGGGUGAAGGAAAGGAGAAGGAGAAGCAGGAGCUUCCUCGCCCCCUUCCUCCUCUUAUCCCUCCCUGCUCCUUCGAACUCUCUCUAGAAUCGCCCUCUCUAGUAUCACCCGCUCGAGCAUCACCCUCCGUAAAAUCACUCUCCCUUGCAUCACCCUCCCUGGGAUCACCCGCUCCACUGUCUCCUUCCCUAGCGUUGCCCCCGUUUGUACCACCCUCUCUAGAGUCAUCCUGCUUAGUGUCACAAUCGGCCCCACUGACGUCUCCUGGCUUUUCUUCUGCCCAAGGCCCCAUCCGGUCACCAAAACCAGCAGCAGUGGCAGCAGGGAGGGCAGAGGGAGGAAGAGGGAGAAGAAGAGGCGCCCGAGAAAACGCUCCCUUUCCCUCCCACCCCUCCUACCCUCCUCGGGGCUCUGCGCUCCCUACCAAACCUUGCCGCCCAAAGGGGCACAUGCGGGCGGCAAGUUGGGCGGGCUCUCUGAACGAGCUGGGCGGCGCUCAGGGGAAUCUCAGCCUGCACGU